AUGCACGAGAGCUCCCGGAAAGUGGCCGAAACGCUGCAGGAGAUUUACAGCACCGACUGGGACGGUCACGAGGAGCUGAAAGCCAUCGCAGAUGUGAGCCCCUUGACCCGCAUCGCCUGCUACGUCACCAUCUUCCAGAACAUCUCCAACCUCCGCGAUGUCUUCUACAAGGAGAUGAGCAAGGUGGGGGGGUGGCAAAAAGAGCUGACAACCCCCUCCCUGAAGAAGGCUCAUACCCCACCUCUCCAUGAAGACGCCAACACUGUGGUCAUCGCAGUUGUCAUCACCCUCGUCUUCCUCACCCUGCUGACCGUCCUGGUGGUGAUCAUCGUCUACCUGUACAGAAACAAAGGCAGCUACCUCACCUACGAGCAGCCGGUGGCAGAGACCGACGUCUCGGUGCAGAUGGAAGAUGCUCCAUCCAAGGAGAAGGAGGAGUAUUUUAUCUAA